CUUAUCAUUGAUUACGACGGAUAAGGCACGUUUUGCCUAGGCCCUUAGAAAGUGAGGGACAAGCGACCUCGGGCUUGCCGGCCCAAGCCGAAUCCCCUUACUUCCCCAAAUACAUAUACCGAACCACGCUCUAUAUAACCAAUUCUACGACUCGAAAACACCGGCUACCGUGCUACCGUGCAAUUGCCACUGACAUUGCCAUUGUGCUGUACAGCUUAAAGCCGCGAAUGCGCCGUUAUGGCUGAGGGACACGACCAAGCACGCGAGCACGACUCACACCUUCCCCCCUUCUACUCGCCCCGCCUCAACACCUCCACCCCUCAUAAUGUCCCCGAACACGACCUCAAAGCGCAAGACAGCGCGCAACCCGAAAGACCACAAGCCUCCGCUCUCCCAUCAUAUAUGAGCCUCUCCUCCUCCGAGGGAGAGGCCCUCCCCGGCUUCGUCAGCCCCGCCUUCACUCCCCCGGCAACCCCUGGGACCGCCACGCCCGCCCAAAAUCGCGAAGCUGCCUCUGUCCCCGUCGACAGCAGCAUACCCGAUGGCGGGUGCGGCGCCAAGAAGCCGCGCCUCCUCGAGGUCCUCCCCGAGGUGGCAUGCGUGGUGCGCGCUCGCAUCCCAACCACCACCGGCACCGAGAUGUUCCUGCAUCUGUACACCAACAACGUCGACCAGAAGGAGCAUCUCGCCAUUGUCUUCGGUAACACCAUCCGCAGUAGCAGCCUGGACGCUGUGCGCUCCGGAGAGACGGAGAUGGAUCGCAUGAUCCGUGGCGCCUACACAGGGCGCCUGUACCCUGGACGGACGACGAGCCAGCUCCCCGGCUCGCAAUCGGAGGUCGCCAAGAGUGACACCCCGCUCGUGAGGAUACACUCUGAGUGCUACACAGGCGAGACGGCGUGGAGUGCACGCUGCGACUGUGGCGAGCAGCUAGAUGAGGCGGCACGGCUGAUGGCACUGCCGGGGUCGAGUGGCGGGGUUAUAGUGUACCUGCGGCAGGAGGGCCGCGGGAUCGGGCUUGGCGAGAAAUUAAAGGCGUAUAAUUUGCAAGAUCUGGGAAGCGAUACGGUGGAGGCAAAUAUUCUGCUAAGGCAUCCGGCGGAUGCGAGGAGCUAUGGGCUGGCGACGGCGAUGCUGCGGGAUUUGGGCCAGAGUGAGAUUAGGCUUCUGACGAAUAAUCCUGAUAAGGUGCGUGCAGUUGAAGGACCUAAUAGGGAGGUUGUGGUGAAGGAGCGUGUGGCAAUGGUGCCAUUAGCGUGGAGGGGUAAGGGAGGAAUUAAAAGUGCUGAAGUUGGGGAGUAUUUAAGGACGAAGAUUGAGAAGAUGGGCCACAUGCUGAGCAUGGAGACUGCUUGAUAAAAUUCUCUUAACCAAUACCCUGGAUCACCUGUCCACAUGUCCAACAUAAACCGCCACCUACUUCCCAGACCACAUUCUCCGCAAAAAAUCGACACUAUAUACAACAUUACUAUAUAAACGCGCAAGCGACUCGGAACACUGCACCAGACGGAAAAGGUCCAACGCAUUUCUCACAUGAUAUAUUACUCCCUGAAGAGUGGCUGCACGGCGUUUUAUGUAUCUACUUGAAGGGCUUGGGGAAUGCAUAUAACGGAUAGAAGCAAUGUUGCGUCUGGAUAAGCGACUAAAAAAUCAAAAGAGACCAUUUUUAGAUCAUUAUAUUUAUACCACA